GAGUAAAUUGACAUUUUUGUAAACCUUCGACAACGUGGAAUCAAAAGAGAAACACAACCACCGUCGAUCGGCUACACCCCUUUUUUCAUUCUCUCGAGCAACGGUGUUGUCGCUAAUUUUUCUGAUCGUCUACCGACUUACGCUAUAUCUUAGAGUACUUCGUAUUGAAAUAAGCACGAUCGGCCUCAUCUGCCAACCGCUUUGAAAAGGAAUGUGGAACAGUAUCCUGUGGAUAUGACAAAUUUUAGCGAUGAACAACAGAUUGCUUUAGCCGUUGUACCAAAAAUAAGUGGCACGUUAUCUUUGCUCGGUUCAACUUGGAUCGUCGUGGAAGUGAUCACACAAAAGAAAAAACGGAACAAUGUGUACAGUCGGCUCAUAUUAGCCAUGUCGAGCGUUGACAUUUUGGCUGAUGUUUCCUACUUCGCAAGUACUUGGGCAAUCCCAGCAGGUACUGACGGGAUAGCUUUCGCAAGUGGAACCGACGCUACAUGUAGUGUUCAAGGAUUUAUUUUGCAAUUCAAUAUCACAACGCCAAUAUGUAAGCAUUAUCAUUGCAGUUUUGUAGGAAUAUGAAUAUGACAACGUGUCGUACUAACAAAUUGAUCUUCUUCCAUUCAAAUCCCAACUCGAUUUGAGAUAGACAAUUCUUGCCUCGCUCUAUAUUAUUUGCUGGUGAUCAAGUACAAAGUUUCAGAAGACCGACUUGAAUAUAAUGUCGAACCUGCCAUGCAUAUUUUUUCUGUUGGCUUUGGUCUAUUGACAGCAGUAGCUUGCGCAUUUAUGGGUAUGUAUCAUAAUGCAAACUUGUGGUGCUGGAUAGCUGCUGCACCAGCUUGUCCUUACGAUCAAGAACCGCACCAAAUCGACAAUUGGCAACACUACGAAGAGAAAGCCGACAAAUGCGAAGAAAGUAAAUAUGAUGAUGAUGUUGAUGUCUAUCGUCUAGCAUUUUAUUUUGGACCGUUGUGGCUCUGCAUGGUGUUCAUAACAGUUACCAUGGGAAUGCUGAUCUGCGCCGUAAGCAGAAUAGGAUGUAGCAAAAAGAGUAUCGCAUCUUGUCUCAACCGACAUAAAAAUUCACGCCAAAAAGCGAAUACGGAUUCUCGAAAACACGAAAAUGAUUCAGUUGAGGAACAAAGCGAGGGGGAUGAGCAAUCUAAUUCAUCAAUCUCUGGGGCAGGGGAUGCUUUCAAACGCCAAAAAGCGAAUUCGAAUUCUCGAAACCACGAAAAUAAUUCAGAUGAGGAGCAAAACGGGGGGGAUGAGCAAUCUAAUAUAUCAAUCUCUGGGGCAAGAGAUGCUUUCAAAAGCGAUCGCCGGAGCUCAUUUUUCAUACCAGCAAAAAAAAAGAAGCGGAAGACACCGAGAAACGAAAAUACUACACAUGUAUUGAAGGUCUUAGAGUCGUAUCUAACUGCUUCGCAACAGGCCAAAAACUCACAAUCAUACGGCUCACGAGUUGUUUACAAGCAGGCCAUAUACUAUACAUUGGCAUUUUACGCAACGUUCACCUUUGCCACGAUAAAUCGGGUCUUUCAGCAUUUUGGGGUCUCAUUCUUUCCCUUUAUUCUGCUUCACAGUUUCACGAUACCGCUGCAGGGAUUUUUUAACUUGGUUAUCUAUCGGUACUUCCACUUUGUUCGUCUCCGGCAGCGAAAUCCAUACGUGCCAUUUCGAAUAUUAUUGCAGUGGACGUUUCGAUGGACGUUCCUGGGUCCACCACCGGGAGCUAGACGCGAUUCAAGCCAAAAAUUUCAAUCUUUUGAACUUCCAAACAAUGGCAAAUCAACGAAAUCACGGUCUUUUGGCCCAAGCGGGGCUUUUGAUUCUCACAACUGUGAGUAUAGUGAAGGAAGCGAUUCUGUCGUCGAUGACGAUGCGGAACUGGAGCGAAUGCCUCGAAUUGAAGAUGAGUUUGAAAAUAGUUUCUGGUUUGAUUACACUCCUAGUGCGGAAUUGGCAUACGAAUACCACACCACCAGAGCGCUUAAUAACCCUGCUCAGUAUCCUUCAACUCUCAAUAACGUGCCUACUCAGUAUCCCACGAUGGUCACUGACUUUGAUUCGGAUGAUUAGCUAAGCUACAAUAGAUAUUGUGUUGUACA